AUGCUUCCUAUUCUCUUCCUCAGCUUUACAAUUGCUGCUACUGCUUCUGAAAAAUGCAGCCGCACCUUCCUCAACGAUGCAACCGAUGCCUACCUCGGAGCCCAAAGUAAAGGCGUCUACACUUCUAUGUUUUCCUUUGCGGAGAACUUCACCUAUACCGAGCAAUUCAAGCCGGCUAACAUUGCCAGCGGAAUUCUCUCCAAGGCCUUGAAAAUCGACCACAAUCGCAGCCUCCUUGAUACAGUCCUUUGUACAACCUUUACUGAGAUCAUUGUCACUGAUCCGAGCCAUCCAUAUGUUAUUGGAACGAGGAUGGAGUUGGAUGGGCAAAAGAUAACCAAAAUGGAGACGUUGGUGACGGAUGAGGGCGACUGGCUGUUCAAUGCGACAGGAUAUGCGUAUUACAAUUCGCUCGAGAAAUGGGAUCCCAUUCCGGAAGACCAGCGGGACUCUCGCGAAGUCAUUAAAGCAGCCGGUGACGCAUACUUCAAUCGCUUCGCAGAUGCAAACUAUACAGUGCCGUGGGGAACACCAUGCGCACGGCUCGAGGGUGGCGCCUACACUGGUAGUCGAAAUCUGACCGCGAACACGUGCAAUUUGGGUUUACCAAGUACUAUUAAGGUCGUUGAUCGCCGCUACGUUAUCGAUGAGGAACUAGGUGCUGUGGACAUUUAUGUCGGAUUCCCCGGACUGGACAGAGCGAGCAAAGAACCAGGUCCCGAUAGCCAUUUGUUUAGAGUUGAGAAAGGGAAGUUGAGAUACAUUCAUACGAUCUCCACCUGCGAAGGCCAUCCAGGCUGUGGGCUGGGUAAUACAACUUUUGUUCCGGGGCUUUGA